AUUCAGUCGCCGACUGUCAGCCAGCGCGUUCGCCGGUGUUGUGUGUUGUGUGUUGCGUGUGCUCUUCUCUGUCAAACGAACACAAAGUACAAUUAACGGAAUUAUGAAAAAGUUUUGAAAUAAAAAUCACUUCAAAACUGAAUUUGUAUAUCAAUGUUCGGUAAACAAAUUACGUCACUCUCUGGCCAUAGUCACUCUCUGCUAUCGAAUAUGAACGCAAAUGAACAUUCUGCAUUGAUAUCCGUUUCCUGUUCCUGUGAGUGAUAAGCCAAUGUGUGCAAAAUGCACUUGUUGUAGGCACAAAAACUGUUAUCUGCCAGUGAAAAGUACAAGUAAUCAAAGAAAAUGCGCCUCUCUUGGCUGCUGGUCGGCCUUACGGCACUCUCGGCAACGCUCGGUGCCAGUGCAUUGAGACUGGAGCAGCGGAAGGAGGCGAGCAGGGAACCAGAUCUCCAUGCGCGGCGACGCAACGAUGGUGCCCCAAACGAUAUGCGAAAAACGGAGUUGCGACGCGGCAAGGACAGUCAGCAGCAUCAACACAGCGAUGAGGAACACGAAGACGAGGUGGGAACGGAGGAGGAUUACGAUUGGAUUGAUGUGGAUAUUAGUGGAGCUGCUGACCGCUCAAAGACUGAUCUGGAGGCCACUGGCACAGCGAACAGCGCUUCCCAUGAUAUUUUUACAUGUUGCAAUCAAGUCUUUGGCUCAUGUCGCACAGCAUGCGAGAAUUUAUCGUUGGCGCAACUGGACGUGGCCAAUGGACGCGAAGAGCAUCGCACUGAAUUAAAAAAAUACUGCCAACUACAUCAGUUGGAGUUUUGGAGUUGCGUCAAUCGCACACUCGAUGCGGUGGAUAGGGGUAAAUCAUGGUCGGGUCGUCGCUGCUGCCAAUUGGCCGUUCUACCCAAAUGCAAAAAUGCUUGCGCAACUGCAGCCGCUAGCCAGGAAGUGACCGAUAUCUGUCGGCGCAGCGAUGAGCAAGUGCUCUACGACUGCUUCGAGCACCAGGAAGCGGCAGACAGUUGCUGUGGCAAGGCCCGUACCUCGGAGUGUCUGCAGGCCUGUCGAGAAGUUUUUGAGCCACCGAAUGAAACUGGCACAAGCAAUGGGGAUGGCAGCUUGGUGGAUGAGACAUGUGGGGAGCGCAAUGCGGAUGUGCUGCAGUGCAUCCACAAUCAUACGGAUAUGACACCGCCACUGGACGUGGACAAAUAUUUGCCUUGCUGUGAGUAUAGCCAUGAACCGAUGUGCCACCGCACAUGCAGCGAUGUGUUGCAAGCAUCGCGUUUGCAUCGAAACGUUGAGCGCAGUGAUGUGAUAUUUGCACGCCUGGAGGCUGGCUGUGGCAUGCCCCUGCCUCACCUGCCCUUCUGGCAAUGCUUUCUGACAGUGACUCGCAAGCUCUAUGUGCCAGCGGGUGGACAAUCCCAGCGUCGCUUACAGCUAUCAUCGAACGGCGGAGAUGGUGGGGAGCCAAAUAAGCUGGGCAUCGAUGCGGCCAAGCGUCAGUGCUGCGAGCAUGCGACUAGCCACAAGUGUCGUCGUCUGUGCACCCAAAUCUUCACGAACGAUUGGUGGGAGACGCGUGUCAGCUUCGAUACCGAGUGCCUGGAGCAGCCGACUGAGCUGAAUCUGAGGCGCUGCAUCGAGAGUGUCGAUGCGCCAUGUGAGCUGGGCUGCAAUGGCCUCAGUUUCUGCAGCAACUUUAACAAUCGGCCGACGCAACUCUUUCGCAGUUGUUCCCCAGCACACGAUGCGGCGGCUCGCGAGGAUCUGUUGAUGCUGCAGCAGCGCGGCUAUAUACGGGUGCUCGGCCAGGAGCUGUACAUCAAGAAUACGACUCGCUGUGCGCCGGAUAAGUGGCAGGCACUAGUCUGUGCACUUCAGCUCCAGCCGUGCACUCGUGUCGGCCUUUACAAUGGGAUUUGUCGUGAGGAUUGCACAGAGCUGUUGGAGGAGUGCCUGGACUGGACACGACAGCCGCAGCGACCACAGGCCAUCUGUGACCGACUGCAGCCGCCAGCGCAAACAGAGGAUGAGGACUCAACGCCGUGCAUCUCCUUAAACACCUACCUGAAAGGCAACGAUCCGAUUGAGGAGUCGGAGCUGGAAAUACAUUCACCCUGUGCCCGCAAGCCCUGCAAUGCCAGUGAAGUGUGUGUGCUGCAAAGGAAUGGCAGUCAAGGAUACGCUUGCAUUCCCGGCUGCAGUCUGGGACAGGCCUCCAAUCUGAUCGUGCCAUUCGGAGCAUAUGUUCGCGUUGGCAAGACGAGCAGUCCGAGCAGUGGUGUUGGCCUCGCCAGUGGCCAAUUGCUGAGCGCGGAGCAUGUCGUCUGUCGCUGUGGACUGCGUGGCAAUGUGGAUCAGUGUCAGCCCCUGCCCAGCUACACCCAUGCGCACUGUAUACUGCCGGGUGGACGGAGCUUUCGUCACGGCACCUCCUUCUAUCUGGAGUGCAAUCUGUGCAGUUGCUUUGCGGGCGAAAUAACCUGCACCAAGCAGCAGUGUCGCCUGCCCGACUACGUCGAUGCCAGCUACACGAGUCUGCCCUGCAACUGUGCGGCACACUAUGUGCCUGUGUGUGGCGCCAAUGGCAACACCUAUCCAUCCGCCUGUGUCGCAAAGUGCUUGGGCCUGCUGGAAGCCAACUAUGUCUAUGGGGCGUGUAAUGCCCGCAACGGCUGUCAGUCGAGCAGUGACUCGGCCAAUCCCAGCUGCCCGAGCGGUACUCAGUGUCUGGAGAGGCGUCAGAUUUGUUUGUCCAGCAUGCAAAGACCAUGUCCACAAUAUAUAUGCGUUAAUGUUUCCUCCACCAGCUGCGGCAGUCACCAUGCCGAGGAGCUGUGCGAUACGCUGGGCAAAACUCAUCCGAAUCCCUGCUCGCUGCUGCUGAGCAACUCUCAGUUGGCGUAUUGGGGCGCUUGUCGCUCCAAUCACGACAAUGGCAACCAGUUGAUGCCCGUCUGUGGCAUCAACGGGGUCACUUAUCGCAGUAGAUCUGCCGCCUUGGCGGACUUUGUGCAAGUGGAUUAUGUGGGGCGUUGUCGCGAGGUUGGACUGCUCGUUGCGGAUAUGGGACGACGCUGCCAAACUGUUCAGUGUGGGGCACCAAUGCCGCCGCUUUGUCGCCAAAUAGUGCCACCUGGUGCCUGUUGUCCCAUUUGUGGCGUCGCCGCCUUUCGCAUCAUCUACUCGCGGAAACAGUUGGACAGAGCAUUCUAUGCGCUGCGUGGCCAGGAGAGCUCUUUGCUGACAUUGCAUGGCGUUCUGCAGGAGCUGGAUCGCUUGGUGCAGGUCAGCGAGUGCCAGUUGACUGGUUUCCUCACCAUGGAGGUGGGCAUCUUUGUGGCACUCGUGCCACGCACGACUCACACCACCCGGCUGCAGUUGAAGGUGUGCUUGGCGGAGGCGGAGAAAAUCUCAGCCUUGAUAAGCUCACAGUCGCCACGCAUUACCACGAAUCUGGCACUCUCCAGCCUGACGGUAUCUCACAUGCUCGAGCCCACACUGAAUGGUGUGGCCUUGGUGUUACCCAGCAGAGUCGUAAUGUUCGCCAUUGGGCUGAUCGGUGUAGCGGUGGGGCAUCUUCGAAUUGUUGGACGUAAUAUUUAAGGUUUCUAAGAUUGUAGUUUAAAAAACGGUUUUACAAAAUCAAGUGAAUUCUUGGUGCCAACAAACAAUUAGUGGUUUAGGCGGAUGCAAGCCCAGCGUGCCUUUAAACAGGUAGGGAUUGUCCCUCUGUGUGAUGUGAUAUUAGCUAAAGUACUCCUAAGGCAAAACUUAUUAAAGACAAACGGCAAAUGGUAAGCUAGUAAAUAAUCCUAAGUUUGAAUUGUACCAACCAAAGCAGCGUUCAUUUUGUAACGCUUAUCUACCUAUGUUUACAGCUAGUCUAAUUUAAUACUCACUACAGUUAACUUGUUAUAUAAUGUAUACAAUAACUCUCCUGAUGUGUUCUUCCUUUUUAUUCCUUUAUAUUUUGUGGGAAAUCAAUGCUUUAUUGUUCACUGAACCAUAUCCAAAAAUACGAGAAUGACAUUAAAACUAAACCGAAUUGCCGAAUUAGGCUAUUUCCAUGGGUACAGCCUGGACGCGUUCGGUGAUCUGCAAAUCCUUAA